AGUUACAACGAGACAACAAGUGGUGAGUUACAACAAGACAACAAGUGGUGAGUUACAACGAGACAACAAGUGGUGAGUUACAACAAGACAACAAGUGUUGAGUUACAGUUAAGAAGUUGUGAUUGCACCUGUGAUUUCUGUCUUUUUGGGUUUCAUCAGCUGGCCCAUCAUGGACAGAAUGUCUUGUCCUCCCUGUGUUGGAGACACACCUCAACAAUACUCAAACAUACACAAUUAAUUUCACAAAUUCCUCAGUAAAUUCACCAAAAACGUCACCGUGGAUUUAUUGAGUCUGUUUAGCUGAUUGGAGAGCGAGCUUGCGCAGCCAGUGGGUCCAUGACCAUGACUUCUGUUUUGUCUGGUCAGCCGUUUUACUGCCGUGUUCCAGACACCGCUUGGAAACAAUUAAGUGUCACGGCAGUGAGUCCAUGGUCCGAGCAGAAAGCACCCCUAAACGAGGCGACCGCUCGUCAACAUGGCUGACGGCCAGACUGAAACUUUGAAUUUCAACGUUGGAGUUCUGGGACAUGUCGACAGCGGCAAGACGUCGCUGGCUCGGGCGCUGAGCAGCACCGCCUCCACCGCGGCCUUCGACAAGAACCCUCAGUCCCGCGAGAGAGGCAUCACCCUGGACCUCGGCUUCUCCUCCUUCACCGUGGACCUUCCGGGUCACCUGCGGGACAAGGAGGGCCAUCAGCCCUAUGACAGCCUGCAGUUCACCCUGGUAGACUGCCCGGGACAUGCCUCUCUCAUUCGGACUAUUAUUGGCGGGGCCCAGAUCAUCGACCUGAUGAUGCUGGUGGUGGACGUGGUGAAAGGAGUGCAGACUCAGACUGCCGAGUGUCUCCUGAUUGGACAGCUGACCUGUCCCCGCAUGGUGGUCGUGCUGAACAAGACAGACCUUCUGCCAGCCAGCAAGAGGCAGACUGCCAUUGAGAGGAUGACCAAGAGACUCCACAAAACCCUGGAGAACACCAGAUUUAAGGACUGUCCGGUGAUUGCAGUGGCAGCCAAGCCUGGAGGCCCCGAAGCUCCUGAUGCAGAGGAACCGCAGGGGGUGUCAGAGUUGAUUGAGCUAUUAAAAGAGCAAACAUAUCUCCCACAAAGAGACCCUGGAGGCGACCUGCUGAUGGCCGUGGACCACUGCUUCUCCAUCCGUGGCCAAGGAACCAUCAUGACCGGGACCAUCCUGCAGGGGUCGCUGGCCAUCAACGACACUGUGGAAAUCCCAGCUCUAAAAGUGAGCAAGAAGGUAAAGUCGAUACAGAUGUUUCGGAAGCCGGUCUCUGGGGCCAUGCAGGGAGACCGCGUGGGUGUGUGCGUGACCCAGUUUGACCCCAAGCUGCUGGAGCGGGGCGUCGUGUGCACCCCAGGCUCCCUGCGCACCCUCUACGCCGCCGUCAUCUCGGCCAGAAAGAUCGGCUACUUCAAGGGCUCGCUCUGCACGCGGGCCAAAUUCCACAUCACCGUGGGACACGAGACCGUCAUGGCAAGGGUGACCUUCUUCGGCCUCCCCGAGCGUUGUCCGGACACACCCGACCUACAGCCGUGCUCGCUGGAAACGGCCUUCUCCUUCGACAGGGAGUACCUCUACCAGGAAGACUACAUCGCCGGCCAGGGAGAGCCUAGUCCGGCGCCCGAUCCGGAGCAGUGGGCCUUGCUGGAGUUUGAGCGUCCGGUUACGUGCCCCUUACUCUGCCUGGUGAUUGGCUCCAAGCUGGACAGCGACAUCCAUGCGAACGCUUGCCGCUUGGCCUUCCAAGGACGUCUGCUGCACGCCUUUGAAGAUAAAUGCUACGCUGAGAGCAGCCUGCCUGGCCUGCUCAUCUACAAGACCAAACACAAGGAGGGACAAGUGGAGCGGGUGACCGACGACUACACUGUGAUUGGCCGAAGCCUCUUCAAGAAGGAAACCAACCUGCAGAUCUUUGUGGGCUUGAAGGUCACGCUGUCAACCGGCGAAUCCGGCGUCAUUGAGGGUGGAUUUGGUCAAAGUGGGAAGUUCAAAAUCCGGGUGCAAGAGGGUCUUCGCCCGGAACCAAGCGGUUGCUGUCCUCGUCUGGCAAGAAAAAGGGGAAGGGGGGCGGCAGAGACGCUGCCAACGAAGAGGAGCCCAAAGCGGACGCACCUCACGUUAGCAUUCACUUGAAUUUCAAGCGCUACGUCUUUGACCCCCACAAGAAGAUGGUUCAGUUGUGAUUUGAGUACGGUUCCCUCGGAGAUCUCCGCAGCGUUCGCUUUCCGAGGGGAACGUGAGAAAUGAUAUCGAAUGAUGUAACCGCAAACACAAUGUUUUAUUUGCGAUGAACUCAAUUUACCUUCUCUCCAUAAUUCGCUGAAAUCAGAUGAGCCAAUAAUGGAGCGUUUCCAUCUGCAUCUUCUAAGUUGCAUUAUAAAAACAAUCAUGUUCUUAUCUCUUUCUUGCCGGCGCUGGUUUCAAAGGUCACGUUUGUUAUUUCCAUGGCGCACUCUAGUUUUUUUUCAACCUCAUUUCUUGUAAUGACAGCAGAUGAAAGGUUUUGGUCCCCAAAAUGUUAAUUAUGUCAGAUUUAAAAUAAAACAAAUCUAAUCUGAAGCUCCCUUUGCUGUUCAUUUUUUUUCCGCAUCCGUGCUUCAGCUGUGCUUUAUUGACCGAGAGUAAAUACGAUUUUACGGAAUGUUUUCAUAACUCAAAAUAUACAAAAUAAACCGUUUGAAUCACGCUGACUCAUACAGAAAUGAGAUUGAACAGCAGUUAGUAGAAGACACAUAAUAAUAAUAAAAAUGUUUUUGUUUUGUGAAAUUAUUCUUGGUGAUUAUUCACACA